GACGGCGCGGCCGGGCAGGGCGGCCCCGCGGAGCCAGGCUUCGAGGUCGCGCUGCUCGAGCAGCAGCGCUCCAUCGGCGGCGGCGUGUUCGCCUGCGACGGCAGCGCCGUCUACAGCGGCAAGGAGGCCUCGGUCAACACCAAGGUCUUCAUGGACAUCUGGGAGCGGGUGCACGAGGACGGCGCCUACAGGAGGCACGACUGGACGGUGAAGGCGGACGUCGACGCGGUGUUCUUCCCGCACCGGUUGCGGCAGCGGCUGUGGGACUUGAGGCCGUCGGUGGGCAGCCCGGCACUCGUGAAGAACAGCGACUCCAAGCAUGGAUUCAGGGGCGCCAUCGAGAUUCUCAACGCGAUGGCCGUGGACAUGCUGGUGCAGAACCAAGGAUCCUGCUUCGAGGAGCUCGGCGAGGGCACCGGCGAGGACUCCUUCGUCUACGGCUGCCUCAACCACUCGCACGGGGUGGAGCAGGUGGGCGCCAGAGACCUCCUCAGCGACCAGCUGUCCACACCGCCGCAGGAGCCGCAGGAGCCGCAGCCUCGCGCGGCGGCCGCCUGAGACUGCGCGGCAAGGGCGGCGCCAGCGCCGACGGCGGCGCCAAGCGGCAGCGGGCCGCGCCACCGGACGAGCCGGGCGGCGGCGGCUUCUUCGGCAGGGAGGGCGAGGCGGCCCUGGACGACGCCUUCUCGAGCUUCCAGGGGGAGGACUUCAGCCCGGGGAAGCAGGCGCUGGACUUCAGCCUGGGAGAGUAG